GUGGAAGAGUUCAUCUAAUUCUUCGCCUCUUAAACAUGACCUGGUAUUAUCAGUUCGCCAAUUUGUUCUGUAUCAUUCAGUCGAAAUUACAACACGUGAUUGAAUCAUUCGCUUGUAAAACGACAACAUUCAUGAGCUCAACGGUCACACGCACCGACGAGGCUUUAAUUAUUUUUUUAUCGUGUCGCAGAAACAUAAAAGAUCAGUUGAAGGGAGAAAUUAAUUAAAAAUUCUCCUGCAAAAUGUCAAGUGGAUAAAAUUGGGAGAUAUAAGGAGGAUUGCAUUUGUGGGAAAGGAGACAAUUGCAAUGGCUUCGGGCCUUCACAUAUUAUUUAUCAAUUUGAAUACAAAGGAAGAACGAGUGCAGAAAUUCGACAGUAAGGAGAGGGGGGAGGGUGCUUGUUGUUUGGCGGGACAUCCGGUUGUCGCCAUGUUCGCGAUUUCGGAGAGAAGAGCGAAUCCCAAUGUCAGGGUGUACACAUACCCAUCUAUCAGCAAAGUUUCCGAGUGCAUUUACAACGAGAGCAAUUGGACUGGAUUUAUUUCAACUGCAUUCGUGGGAACCGAUUAUUUGUUGACUUUAACUUCUUCCCCUAAGUUCAAAGCUGUCGUUUGGCUGUGGAGAACUGGGGAGUGUUUAACUACUGUCGAUACCGGUAUCUCGGAUGAAUAUCAAACGAUGUUGUGUUCUCCAACAUCUCCACCCCUCAUAACCCAACUGGGCCACCAAUCCGGUCGGCUAAAACUCUACGAGCUCAACAUCUGCUCAAAAAUCGUCUCCCUCAGCCCAUCAUCCCUCGCCCCUUUCCCUGACUCCAGCAAAUCCGAGAGGAUCACAUCGACCUCCUGGACUUACGACGGCAAUCUCCUUCUUUCCGACGACCUCGGCAACAUCUAUCUCACGCCAACCGACGGAAAACGUCGUCAGCAAGUUCUGCAAUCCGAAGAAACGACCUGCCACCUCGCAGGGCCUCUUGUCGUCGCCUUUCGAGGUGGAGUGACAGUUGCAAAUACGUUUUCGAAAAUUUGUUUCUACAGGAAGCCUCCCGCAGAGCGGGUCAAGUCUGGAAGUCCUUGGAAGAUCAUCUGGGAGAUUGAUAUUAGCUCCCCAGUAUCGUACCUCUCGCGACACCCGCAGAGAGAUAGCAUCCUCCUAUGCUCGAUUAAAGGCGAAAUAUCUGAAGUCAGUGUCGGCGACGACGACAUACCCAGGCUCCAAAUAAUCUGCCAACAAGGUUCUGGACAUUUGUUUCUGGUCUCGGUACACCCUGGACGAGUUAUCGCAACUGUCGACAGCUUUGAUGGAUUUAAUUUGUUUGAGAGCCUCACUGGAAAAUUAACUGGGAGGAUAUGCCUUGGGGAGUACGGAAGAGGACUAUCCUUUGUUUCUCAUCCUGUCUUACCACUACUGGUGAUAUCUACUGACGCUGGGAAAUGCUUAAUUCUGAAUGUUGUUGAAGCAUCUGACCCACUCGUGUGCAACUGUUUUAAUUUGAUUAGAAGGGAGGCUUUAGAUGCAGCUAAAUUCUCGCCCAGUGGAGCAGUACUCGGGGUUUGUAGCACUCGAACCGGAAGGAUAUUUAUCAUCCGGGGGUUUGAGGAGAAUAUUCAUGUUUGGGGUCUCGUGAAUAUCUCGGAGAAGAUUGCUGAUUAUCUCAUUUAUGAAGAUGAAACCAUUUUAACUCUUAUUCAGAGCAAUAAAUACGUACCAGUGGGUAAAUACGUCAUUGUGUAUAGGAUGAUAGAUCCAGAUAAUUUCGAACUUCGAGAUGUUGUUAAAUUGCCGAAAGUUUAUGGCAGUUUACAUUACGGAAGUAAUUUUGGAGAGAUUAUCGCGAGUCCUUUUCUGAGCAAGCAGUUACAUUUAAUCAAGUGUGAGGACAAUUUCGAAAAAUUUAGUCUCACAAAUGCAUUAUCCUCUUCCCACCGCUUGCGAGAUGUCAAAAUAAAUACGGACACCAGGUAUGUCGUGACAUCUGGAUAUGAUGGCCUCGUCGUGAUAAGAAAUAGAUCAAAUUUGUGUCAACUUAUCGCUGUCUUUGCCACUCAUCAUCGUCAGGAAGGUGGUGUUAAGCAAACAGUCCUCUGUCUCUGCAACAACAUUCUCGUUACUCUGGGAAAAAAUGGCAAUUUAGUUGCUACGAAAAUCAGUCAAUUGGAGUCAGCAGAAGCAACUGAUCAUGUCCCCCAUUUUACGGAUGUUAAGGUUGUGCUUUCAAACUCCACUGGAGUGGAAUUGGAUAGAAAUAGUGAUUCUACGUGGAUCGAGUUGAAGGAAGCAAGGAAAUUCGAGAGGGAACGGAAUGAGAUGGCGAUUGAAAGGGCAUCGAUAUUGUCUGAUUUCGAAAAGCUAAGGGAUAAGUUGAAGACGCUCAUAGACGAUAACGCAAGAGCAUCAGAUGCGGCUAAAUUACCUCUCGAGAACUUUGACUUGGAUAAAGAGGGUAGAGCACUAGCUAUAGAGAAGAACCGUGAGGAACAGGAAAACUUAGUGAAAACACUCGAAGAGAAAGCAUCGCGUGAGGCUGCGAUCAGUAAAUUUCUGAGGAAACUCUGCUGGGAUUCGAUGCAAGUGCCAGCCUGUGCCCUCAUAUCCUUGGAUGGGAAGGUCAGAGUAGAUAACUAUGCAUUGCCACGAAUAAAUGACGACGACGAAGAAAAAAGAAUGUGGACAGAAUUCUAUUUCGAUCUAUCAACGAAGCUCUCUAGUGCUGAAGCUGCUCAAGGAAGGUGCACACCCUCUACCCAAUACCCCCAAGAGAGAGUACCCAUAGAAAGGGAUUCAAAAAAGGUCUUGAAUUUAUUGAAAGGUGACGACAACGACGAUGGGGAAAAAUUCGCAUUGUCCGGGACAACGACGCACCGCUGGAUACGUCAGGACCCGUCACGCGUCGUGAAUCAGAUUUUACGAGACGGUAGUCACUGCGAGGGUGUAAAAAGAAAUAUACUCAGUAAAAAUCGAGAGGAAAAAUUGAAGAAACACUUUAACAAACUGUUCGAGACUAUGCGCUGCCGAAAGUCAACUGAAAUAAAAUUAGCCAGAGAACGUAUCGCCAGAAUUGAUCACUGCACCUCGGAGCUGAGACAAAUGUUUCAAGUGGAUUGUACCGUAGAUCACAGUUGGUUAAAACUCGAGUGGCAAGAAUCGGAGAGACCAGAGAGUGUAGUCGAGGUCGAGGAUGAGGAAGUUUACAGACUGAUAAAUGAUUCAGCGAGUGAAGCGAACGUGAAACGUUUGGAUAAUUCAGUGAUGCGUGAAAAAACGAGCAUUUCAGUUGAUACUUUCAGGACUAGCGAGCUGAAGAAGAUGAUGGACGGUGUCCUUGAAGUCAAGUGGGAGGAUGAGAUUAAGAAGGACAUCCCGAGACCAGAUUGCCUGAUUAAGGAUCCCUCGAGCUAUACGGAGGAUGACUUAAGGAUUAUUAAGAGCUAUGAGGAAGCUUUGAGGCGGUUAGAAGGGGAGAGGGAAAAAUACAGGAAAUGUUUGGAGAAAGAAAUGGAGCAGCUGAAAGAAUCUCUUCAAUCGAGUAUUACGAAUUUCAAUGGAGAAAUGGAGUUAUUCUAUCUGGAACGUUUGAAAGUAGAAUCCGGAGUUCUCCAAGAGACUCUCAUGCGACUACGCGAGUCCCAGAGACACCAUCUCCGACUCAAAGGAAUCGAGGCUCUCGCUCAUCUGGAAAUGAAUGAACUAAACCCCGCACAAGUGCACACAAAAAAAUUGAUAGAUGACUCCACUGCCUUCGAAUCCAAUGUAAAUGAAACCCGAAUAAGAUACGAUAAUUUAUCGAAACGGGACAAAUUACUCGAGGGAAAAUUCAGGGGUGAAUUCACAGAUUUGAAGCAGCCAAUGGUGGAGCAUUUGCUGAGGCAGUACAAAAAGCGUCCAAGGCUGGGACAAUUGACAUGCACAUCAAUCACGUAUUUAACAGAAAUGGGAAAAUGCAUUUUAAGUGGAGAAAAGUCGGAUAUUCUUCCCCGAGAGUGUUUGGAUUACUUAAAGGGGAUGGAUAUAUUGGAUAUCAUGCCUAGUGGUUUACCAAGUCAGAUCGAUGGCAGCCAUUGGAUGCUUUUGUGCAAAUUACGAAGGUCAAAAAUAGAAAUUGAAAUUCGCUUGAAAAGCUGUGCAGUGGAAUUGGCUGAGGCCGAGCAGACCCUAGCAACUCACCAGAAGUCAAUUCAGAUAUCUCAAAAUCGAGUCCAGCAGUUGAGGGAGACAAUAACGGAGCGUAAACGACAGAAUGCCGAGGCAAUGAGAGACAUGAAGGUUCAACUUGUGUUGAAAAUGGGACAAAUAGAGACUCAGCUCAGUGGCGAUCCCCGAGACUUGGAUAAUGCAGUUCUAGUGCCAUUCGACGUGGUACUUGGAGUUAAUGAUGCCAUUGUCGCUGCUGGACGUAAAAAACUUCGUGCUAUGAAACGAACGAUGGAGUUUCGACGAACCAUCGAGUGGCGAGAAUGGCGUCAUGCUUGUAUGAAAAUGACAUUGGAAGAUAUGAAGGAGGAUUUGAAAAUACUGCAGGGAGUUAAGGUCACAAGAGAGAUACAAAGGUACCUGAUGCGUCACGAUAGCAUGGGGGGAGUGGACAAGGACGCACCCACCACCGAGAAGAGUAUCUCAUCCAAAAAGAAGCAGAGGCUCUCGAGAAUCCUGGACACCGAAAAAUCUCGACUUUUUGAUGUAAUAAAAAUGGUUAAUCUAUGGCAAAAGAGAAAUGAUCGUCUUGAAGAUAAAAUUGAAAAAGUUAAGACUGAAAAUUGUAAAAUGUCACUGGUUGCUAAUGACGAAACAAGGCUCAGGCAGGAACGGUUUGUUCGGGCCAAGUUGAAGGCUAUCAUGAAGAGGAAUAGAUUGGUGAGGAAGAUAAAGGAUAAUUACAUUGAGCUCAUGUCCCUUCGGACGCAAUUGGAGCUUCUGAGGCUCAAGACGUAUCCGACGUUGAGGCUCAAAGAUGCGAAACAUUUCCAUAAAAAUUGAUUUAAUUUACUCUCAAUCUUUCUUGUCAUUGUCUACAAUAAAUUAUUACCAUUCUUACCAGAUCCCUCA